AGCAGCACCAGAGAAGCCUCCGAGCUACCCUGGCUUCCCUUCUUUCCGGCUGCCGCCGACCCCCGCCGCCUUCUCCGGUGGGCCGUCGCUCUACCCUCCAUUAGAGUCCGUCACUUCCUCCAAGGUUUUCGCUCUUCGAUCUUUAUUGUCCUUUGGUUCUGCUCGUUCGAUCUCUUUGAUAUUGGUUUCCAUUUGUUCUUCUUCCCCGCCGUGUUGCUGAGCUCCCGAUCGGAUCCGGUGUCAAGUGUUUCGUCUCCGGUCUCGUAGUUCUUGGUUUUUGUGGGACAACGGUGUGGGACAGGAGGGCUAUACGAACGAAGUAAAGAGAAAGAGAGAGAGAGAGAGAGAGAGAGAGAGAGAGAGAGAGAGGCUGGAGCGCUGGCGUUAGAUGCGUGCGAGAACGAAGUAAUUUGAUCGUCGAAGACUGAAGGCAGAUGUUCCGUAAGAACGACUCGGCCUUAUCCUGCUUCUAUCUCUUCCUUCUCUGGUUCUUCUUCCUAAAAUAGCGUCGACGAACCCUAAGAACCUUAGGCUCGGAAUAGUGGUUUGAGAUCAGGUAGAGGUCGAACCAGAUCGAACUCCUUUGAUCCCGAGAGGGGUGAUGUUGAACCUCAACUUGCCGUGGUCUGGCGAGUUGACGGCUUUUGAGGGUAAGCCUGUCGAGGAGGGUUCCGGCGCUGGCCAGAUGGAUGAUUCUGGAACUUCCAAUUCGUCUGUCCUAAAUGCAGAAGCCUCGGUCGAUGUGGCCGAUGAGGAUUCUUGCUCGGCCCAGCCUGCCGCGGCUUUCGAGUUCAGUAUCUUGAAGAACUCUGCGUCGGUCGAACGCGAGAACGAAGUCGAAGAGGAGAUGUUUGAGGAGGAUCAGCGACGGCCUGGAUUACUCACCAGGGAGCUCUUUCCACCAGCGCCGGUGGUUCCGCAUGUUCCCCAGCUGCCCUUGGUGGAUUCUUCCUCGUCUUCGUGUAGGGCACAUUGGAUGGAUCUUACUUUUUCUCAAGUGGACGGACCAAUAGAAUUGAGAGUUCUCCAUCAACAGCAACAGCAACAGCAGCUGCAGCAACAACAACAGCAACAGCAGGCAAAGAAGAGUCGCAGGGGGCCACGGUCUAGGAGCUCGCAGUACCGGGGUGUCACGUUCUACCGCAGGACAGGGAGAUGGGAGUCUCACAUCUGGGACUGCGGCAAACAAGUGUAUCUUGGAGGUUUUGACACUGCUCAUGCUGCUGCAAGGGCCUAUGAUCGAGCAGCAAUCAAAUUUCGGGGAGUUGAUGCUGAUAUCAACUUCAAUCUCUGCGACUAUGAAGAAGACCUGAUACAGAUGAAAAAUCUAUCAAAGGAAGAAUUUGUACAUAUACUUCGUCGCCAAAGCACUGGAUUCUCGAGGGGUAGUUCAAAAUAUAGAGGAGUGACCCUUCACAAGUGUGGUCGCUGGGAAGCCCGCAUGGGGCAGUUCCUUGGCAAGAAGUACAUUUAUCUUGGGCUAUUCGACAGCGAAAUAGAAGCUGCAAGGGCUUAUGACAAAGCAGCUAUAAGGUAUAAUGGAAAAGAGGCUGUUACCAAUUUUGAGCCAAGUGCUUACGAAGGAGAACAACUUUCUGAGGGCAACUCUGAAGGCCAUGAUCUGGAUCUGAACUUGAGUAUUUCCCAACCAAGUGUCAACAGUCCAAACGGCGAUCAAAAUCCAUUGGGUUCUUCUCAGUUCAAAGCUUCUGAUGCUGACACAGCAAGGCAAGGUGAGAGAGAGGAACUCUGAUGGUGCUUCGGGUACUUCCCAAGCUCACCCAAUCUGGAGUUGGCCGACAAAUGGGUCAUCUCCUUUGCCACUGUUCUCUACUGCAGCAUCAUCAGGAUUCCCAACUACCAAUGUGAUGGCUGCACUUCCUCCACUACGACCACCAACUUCAGCAACCCACCAUCUCCAUUUCUUCCCACAAGCUACACCGGAUCACUCUUUCAGGAUCUGAAUCUUGGAAGCUCGAAGCAGAUGCACCAACAAAUGUGCUGGAAACUCUGGCGCUUCUUCCCCUUUCACUUCUUUGUGUGAACCUUAGUUGUUUGUUUGUCAUUUACCGUACAUUGCGUUUGAUCUGAGAAACCGGAGGAGCAGAUUUGAGUGUGAUUUGACAACUCUUUUGCAUUCAAGCUAUCCAAGAUAUUUGGGCCCUAACUUAUCUUAA